AUGUGUCGCCUGGACAUACGUCACUUCUGCGAGGAUUGGCGCAUCUGGAUACGCCCGCUGCUGAUUGUCACCUAUGGCAUAUUCGCAAUCAUUGUGGUGCCCCUGCUCAUCGUGAACUCUGUGAAGGACGGCUUCCAGCGCAACGAUCAAUUGAUACUCAUUGGCGGACUGUUUGUGCUAUCGGCGGUGCCCGUGUCAAUAUGGCACAUCAUACAACACGUCAUACAUUUCACGAAGCCCAUUCUGCAGAAGCACAUCAUACGCAUACUGUGGAUGGUGCCCAUCUACGCUUUGAAUGCGUGGAUUGGUUUGUUCUUUCCAAAACAUUCGAUAUACGUGGACUCGUUUCGCGAAUGCUAUGAGGCGUAUGUGAUCUACAACUUUAUGGUUUACCUGCUCAACUACUUGAAUCUCAACAUGGACUUGGAGAUAACAAUGGAGUACAAGCCGCAGGUGAAUCACUUCUUUCCCCUCUGCUGCAUGCGUCCGUGGAUUAUGGGGCGCGAAUUCAUCCAUAACUGCAAGCACGGCAUCCUGCAGUACACCGUGGUUAGGCCCAUAACCACAUUCAUAGCUGUCAUCUGCGAGCUGUGCGGCGUCUAUGGCGAGGGAGAGUUCGCUGGCAAUGUGGCAUUCCCGUACAUCGUAGUCGUGAACAACAUCUCACAGUUCGUGGCCAUGUACUGCCUGGUGCUCUUCUAUCGUGCAAACAAGGAGGAUCUUAAGCCCAUGAAGCCCAUUCCCAAAUUUCUGUGCAUCAAGGCGGUGGUGUUCUUUUCCUUCUUCCAGGGAGUGCUUCUCAAUGUCCUGGUGUACUAUGGCAUUAUCAAGGACAUAUUCGGGUCAGAUGUGGGCGACACCAAUCUGGCAUCCAUGCUGCAAAACUUUCUCAUUUGCAUUGAGAUGUUUGUCGCCGCUGUGGCUCACAUCUACAGCUUCCCGCACCAUCCGUUCCACAUCAACUCGCCCCAGUACUGGAACAAUCCGAAUCAUAGCUGGUGUCGUGCUUUUCUCUCCAUGAUGGACAUAUCGGACAUGCAGGAGGAUGUCACCGAGCAUCUGGGCGUGGUGGGUAGCACAUUAAGCCGCCGUUUUCAGGGUCGCAGCACCUAUCAGCCGCUGGCACGUGGUCCCCGGCGAUCGAGCAGUGAAUCGGAGUACUUAAUUAGCAAGCGGCAGGAUCAGCAGCUGUCGGGCGGCAGUUCAACUCAAUCAGGUAACAUGUAUGGGGCCACAUCAAGUCGCUUGAUUGUGCCCAUUGAUGUGGGGCAGCUGAACAGUCUGAACACCGAACCAAAUCAAACUCACGCACACUCUCAAUUUCCCAUAGCAGGCGCAGCCGGGGCUGGUGAUAGUAGCAAUAGCAACAACUACCAACAACAACAACUGCACUUGCCGGGUGCGAGGUCACAGCCAUCGCCGCGUCAGCGCGAGACUCAGCAUCUCCGAGAGCGGGAGCGCGAGCGGGAACGCGAUCAGCAGCAGCAGCAUUUUGUGGGCGCUGGUGGAAGCAGCUUCUUGCGCCUAGUGCCGGUCGCUGGAGCUGCUUCAUCAGCUGCGCCCAUACCCGAGUCGAACGACGACUAUGCACUACUGCUGGGAGCGGGAGCGGGCAGGUGACAUCGCUACCACUACCAGCACCACCACCCGCAUAUCGAUGAUGCGUUCGAAGAUGAAGAUGGUGUAGAUGUUAGUCAAAAUUUGAAUGCCUCGUCACUGAGCGCCUCGCUGUCCGUUUCGUUUGGCAUGUCCAGCAGUUUGAAAUUCAGCGCCACGUGCAGCAACCAAACUGCAUCCGAGUGGUCAAAUUCAACAGGUGGUGAUGAGGAGGACGAAGACGACGACGACGAUGACGAUAUUGACGAACAGGAGGAACAGCAUCCGAUUGUGGUUGUUGCCUCCACGACGCGGCGUCGUCGCGAUCGCGAGUACAUCACCUAGACCCUAGACAUGAAUUCUUCUGCUUCAGUAAUUCCCCAUUCUUAAAUAUUUAUUACUCUUCCCCAAUAUUCUGAUUAGUCAUUUGCAAAUAUUAGUUUUAAAUAAUACUCAUUCGAAGCAACAAACUUUCUCGCAACACCCCAUAGGAUGGGGUUUGUCUUUGAAAUUGUGGCCUUAAUUUGCAAAUUCGAAAGCAACAACUGAUUUUACAUACAUCUAGCAAUCGUAUAGUUUAUCCCGUGCAUACAUAGGAAGGGUCUUGGCUGUUUAUCAACUCUUGGAGCUCCCCCUCAAUUAUACAUUUUUACACCUUUAUCCGCUAGGCCAAGUAGUUAAAUUGAAGCAUGCCCGAACCGAUUGUGAAUUUGUUUUUGUGACUACCGCCGGUCAGAAAAGGGCGUUCCUUAUAUUUAAAUAGAAUCAUUUAUUGUAAACCUAAUAUACGUCACAAUAAUAAUAUGGAAAAAUA